AUGUCUGCUCAAUCUAGGAAUAUUCAAAAAAUUAAUAAUGCUGAAUUAGAGGCUGGAAUACUGAAGCCUGAGUUAUCAUGGCAUAAUGAUUAUAAGGAUCAAGCUUACAUAUUUAUUGGGGGUUUGAAUAGAGAACUAACCGAGGGUGAUAUAUUAACAGUAUUUUCCCAAUAUGGUGUUCCAGUUGAUAUACUUUUAGUACGAGACAAAAAUACUGGUGAGUCAAAGGGUUUUGCAUAUUUAAAAUAUGAAGAUCAAAGAUCUACUAUCCUUGCAAUAGACAAUUUAAAUGGUGUUAAUAUAGCUGGAAGAAAGAUACAUGUAGAUCAUGUCUUUUACGAACCUCGUGAGGAUAACAGAGAAUAUAGUGAAGCAGUCAAAAAAGAAUUACGCAAAGAUUAUGUUAAUACACAAUCUUCUGUUAACACAAGUGAGAAAACGAAGAUGGGAUCCUUGGAUCCUUGGAAAGACAAGGCUUUUAAGCAUGAAAAUAAAGAUUCUGAAAUUAGAGUUAAUGAUGAUCUUAAUGAUCCAAUGGCAGAGUUGUAA